AUCUAAUUGUAGUAAAUAUCUAAAUACAAUUAACGGAGAAAAUAAAAGAAAGGAAAGAAAGAGAAAAUCAUAAUUACGAAAACAAGUUAUCUCUUUUUCUUGACAUGCUCUUCAUUUAUUUCUUGUUUAUUUUUGCUCAAUUCUGAUUCCAUUUUCCUCCAAACAACAACUUCACUUUAUUAUUCAACUUAUCAACUGACCAUUUAAGAGGUAAACUGGGCAAUCCGGUAUUAACCACAGUAAUCAGGAAGUGAUUUCCAACUAAAUUAUCUUAAUUGUAAACCAUCACCAUCAUCAUCAAGAUCUAAACAACAACAACAAACACCAAACACCAAACAAAAGUGUUUUUUAAUCAUCAACAACAACAUUCGGUCAGUUUAUCAUGUCAUUAACUGUAACUGCUCCUGGUAAAGUGAUUCUAUUUGGGGAACAUGCAGUUUGCUUCGGAAAGGAAGCGAUUGCCACUGCUCUUGAUAGGAAAACAACCGUUGAAAUUGAUUGUUCAUCUCAAUCUGAUUAUCUUUGUUUAAAUUUGAUUGAUUUAAUUUUUUUCGUGAAAUGGCCAUUGAGUCAAUUGUCCAAAAUUAAAUUGGAAUUGGAAAGUUCAAUUAAAUGUGAUGAUGGUGAUAAUCAGGGAAUUGCUGGUUACCAUGAUGAUAUUGGAAAGAAAUUAUAUGAAAUUGUGCUCACUGGAAUUAAUUGUUCCAAUAAUGGUGACAUAAAGAACGACAUUGCCUCCAAAAAUGAUGUUAUUCUAUCGGCAAUUGAAAGCUCCAAAUCAUUUCUAUUUCUUUACUUUUCAAUGGCCUCAAGCUACUUAAAACAAGAGCAAUUAAUUCCUAUGGAGGUUAAAUUAUCUUCCAAUGUUCCAGUUGGUGCUGGUCUUGGGUCAUCUUCCGCUUUCAGUGUUUCCCUUUCCGGUGCUUUAUUGAAAUGUUUCCUUGGCUUCCAACCGGAUAAUCAAUUGAUUAACAAAUGGGCUUUCCAAAGUGAGAGAUUAUUUCAUGGAAAACCUUCCGGAAUCGAUAAUAAUAUCGCCGUUGCCGGGGGCACAUUAAUGUUCAAAGAUGAUUCUAUUUAUCCAUCAACUAAUAUGAGAUUAAAGGAAAUUGUUCUCGUUGACACUCAAGUUAAGAGGAAUACGAAAACUUUGGUCUCUUCGACAAUUUCAAGAAGACAAAUGUUUCCUGAAAUCAUUAAUAAUGUUAUGGAUGCAAUCGGUGAUAUUUCAAGGAAAUCAUGGCAAUAUUUAAAUGGAGAUGAUUCAUAUGAUUUUAAAACUUUGGUUGAAAUUAAUCAAUGUUUACUAAAUUGUCUUGGUGCUGGUCACUCGGCAAUUGAUCAAGUUUUAUCGAUUGCCAAGAAAUAUGGUUUCCAGGGUAAAUUAACUGGAGCUGGUGGUGGAGGAUCAGUAAUCAUCUUUAUUGAAGAUGUUCCAGGAGAAUCAGUGGAGGAUAUGCUUUAUCAGCUUAAUUCUAAUGGAUUUAAAGCGCAAACGAUUAAAAUUAAUUGUCCAGGGAUUUCAUUCCAAUGAAUCUUCACCCUCGGUUACUUCUUUCAAUAGAAGAACAUGCAAUUGAGAAUUGGCUGUUGAUUUAAUCAACUGAUCAAUUUCCCUAAAAUGACCAGGAUCAACAUGAAUAACCUAAAUUGAGAAAAUGUGACAAGGGAGAGA